AAUAAAUAAAAAUAGAAAAAAAAAAAUUACAAGCGCGCGCCUGGAGUUGAUUGUCAUUCUGAGGAACAAAACUGAAUCACGGCUCACGCUUUAAAAAAAUAUUCACGGCUCACGGCUAAUUUUUUCUCCAUUUCACGACUCACGACUAAUUUUUCAGCCGUUUCACGGCUCACGAUUGACCCCGGCAUUGAGACCCUCUUUAAAUGGCUCUGGCUGAGUGUAGAAACUUUGGCAGAAUUCCUAAUUUCGCCGCAGGACUUUUACCUAGUAAAAAACGCCUGCUAAGUCUUGAUAAUGGUGAAUUUAGAGUCAAAACAGUCACAAUGUAAUUGCUCCAUUUCACUUAUAGCUAUAUAUUAUAAUAACAUUGUAAAAUUUGGGUGUUGUAAUACCAAUAUAGCCAGUAUAUGUGAUCUUUAUCAGACUUUAGUGAUAAUAAUAAUAAUAAUACUCUUUAUUUAAGCGAUAAAAAAUUCAUAUCAUAUUUAACAAAAGAAAAACACUCCUACUUUACUUUUAACUUAAAUAUUCAGAUAUCCAUGCACACGACUAAACAGUUUGCUAUCAAAUUUAAUUUGUCACUGAAAAGUUGUAUCAAGUUCAUCUCUUGUCAAAAUGUCAUUUCUUUUGACAUCUUUUCACAUUCGCGUCAUGCAUGUAAAAUAUGGGAAAAAAAGGAUCAAAUAAAACCAAGUAACAAAGUCUAGGUAUUUCUUCUUUUCAGCGAUCACUAGCAACUUCUCCUGCAUUCGAGGACUGCUUUACGAAUUUGAAAAAUCCUUGGACAAUAUACAAGGAAAAUUGCAUUAAUUCUGAAUAUUUCAUGAGAAGUUAACGCGCAUGCCCUUCAGCCGUUUAGAGGUGUCAUAACAUCUUCGCCAUUAGUGGAGUUUUAACGCAAUCAUCACGAACGUACAUUAAACCUGAAGAAUCACGAUUACACAAAUUCUAUUUUGCCAAAGUGUCGCUUCCAAAACGUUCAAGAAUCAUGAAGGUCCAAUAUGCCGUUCCUAUAAUAGCAAGCUUUCAAAUUGUUUUCGUUGGAAGUCAAUCUCACUGCAUUGGCACCUGUUAUUCUGGACCACUUUUCCCAGAGGCCCAAGACAUCUUCCAUGGAAAACAUCUCAAAGGAUACUCCUACAGCAACAUCACCACUGAUGAUCAAGUCAAGUGCUACCGUCAUUGCGUCCAAGAUUGUCGUUGUAAGGCGUGUCAGAUGAAAGAUGCAAGAUGUGAGUUGCUGGAUGAGGACAAGACUUCCAAGGCUGACAAUUUUACAGCUGAGUCAGGAUACGUGUACUUUGAUCUUAGACAGACACUGUACCAAGGGAAAUCUGACGUUGUACAACCAGGUGUGUGCUAUAAUGGUUGCUGUCGAUCUCAGCCCUGCAGGAACGGAGGGACAUGCGUAGAACACUGCAUCAGUCCAAAAAAUAAGUUCUCCUGCACGUGUCCUCUUAAAUACCACGGCAUUGUGUGUGACAAAGAACACGUGUUCACCUCGUGCCUUGACGUCAUAAGAUAUCAUGACCCAAAAGGCAGUCAACCAGGAAACGGAAAAUACUACUUGCAUCAUCACGUAUAUUCGAUCAAAGUCCACUAUGUUUCGAGUNUUGAUCUUAGACAGACACUGUACCAAGGGAAAUCUGACAUUGUACAACCAGGUGUGUGCUAUAAUGGUUGCUGUCGAUCUCAGCCCUGCAGGAACGGAGGGACAUGCGUAGAACACUGCAUCAGUCCAAAAAAGAAGUUCUCCUGCACGUGUCCUCUUAAAUACCACGGCAUUGUGUGUGAAAAAGAACACGUGAUCACGUCGUGCCUUGACGUCAUAAGAUAUCAUGAGCCAAAAGGCAGUCAACCAGUAAACGGAAAAUACUACUUGCAUCCUCACAGUUGGAAAAAACGUCUUGUGUUUUGUGCAUUUGAACCUCAAAACAGGGCCUGGACCCUCGUUGAGUCUUUUUCCAUUUCCAAAAUAGACACUUAUCGCACAAAGGCUUUUCAUCAGGGCGGAUUUGCGAAAAAUUGGGACAAUCCAAACUGGGAUGACCAUCGCAAAGGUCUGAGCUUCAUAAAGUACAUUCGAUCAAAGUCCACUAUGUUUCGAGUCACGUGUGACUUUCCUCGCAGAUCCUCAUUGGUUCCUGACUAUCUCYUUGGUUACCUGCGUGACUAUGACAUCAUUGACCAUGGUGACGUAGAUGGUGAAUGUUUUAACUUUGCUCACAUUAACAUCAGAGGCAAAGAGUUUUUUAAUCAGAGUGCAUUUGUCUGGCAAAUAACUGGAAAGUACCAUUUCCACAUUGAUGGUUGUGGGGGAUGUGGUUUGAAUGGCACUGGCUGUACAAAAGGCGAAGAUAAUUUCGGUUACUAUCAACCCGUUAUUAAAACAACAAAAUGCACCGAAAAAGAGAGCUCGACUACUCAGUUCUGGUUAGGGGAAGAAAUGUAAAAGACUGAGUCAAUACGUUUGGUCAUUAAUCAAAUUAAUUAAUCAAUUAAUCAAUUAAUCAAAAAAACUGAUUCUUAAACUGACCGAGCAGACAUUGUUUUCCUAGACUCUCUAAGGGAUCUGCACAUGUCCUUCAUGUUUUCAGAAUUGUAUUGAAAAACAUACACAUAUUUGUAUAACUUGAUUGGAAGUUGCUGUUUUUGUUCAUUGAGAAUAUAUACACAAAAAAUAAAG